CACUAAUAAGACAUAGUGCUGUCCUAUUUUUGGUAACAAUUAAAGGGCCUCCCGGUGCAAGCAGAAAGCUGUUUAUUUUCUGUUACAUCACUUCGCUUUGCCUUCGAAGGCUGGUCUGCGCUCAGUGUUUUCCUGGUGAUGCAAGUCCGCUCUCUCCUCCAGCAGUUGGAUCCCUCCCACCUCGCAGCACCUCACAGGUCUCUUCCCGGAGCAGCGCAUCGCUGGAGCGAGGAGCAGCUCACGAAUCAGCUGCAGGUCCCGGUUUUGAAAAGCAGAGAGAGAGAGGCAGCAAAGGAAAAGGGUGGACUCUUAUGUGAUCUGGUCUUAGAGCAAGACAAGCACCAUCUGAAUUCCAGAAGCCCUGUUCAUGUUUGGGGAUAUUUUUCUGACUGCAUGGAAUCAGAGAGAAGCCAAAGGAUGGGAAAUGCCUGCAUCCCCCUGAAAAGAAUUGCUUACUGCCUAUGUCUCUUAUCUGCGCUUUUGCUGACUGAGGGGAAGAAACCAGCGAAGCCAAAAUGCCCUGCCGUGUGUACUUGUACCAAAGAUAAUGCUUUAUGUGAGAAUGCCAGAUCCAUUCCACGCACCGUUCCUCCUGAUGUUAUCUCAUUAUCCUUUGUGAGAUCUGGUUUUACUGAAAUCUCAGAAGGGAGUUUUUUAUUCACACCAUCGCUGCAGCUCUUGUUAUUCACAUCGAACUCCUUUGAUGUGAUCAGUGAUGAUGCGUUUAUUGGUCUCCCUCAUUUAGAGUAUUUAUUCAUAGAAAACAACAACAUCAAGUCCAUUUCCAGACAUACUUUCCGGGGACUAAAGUCUCUAAUUCACCUGAGCCUUGCAAACAACAAUCUCCAGACUCUCCCAAAAGAUAUUUUCAAAGGCCUGGAUUCUUUAACAAAUGUGGACCUGAGAGGUAAUUCAUUUAAUUGCGACUGUAAACUGAAGUGGCUAGUGGAAUGGCUUGGCCACACCAAUGCAACUGUUGAGGACAUCUACUGUGAAGGCCCCCCCGAAUACAAGAAGCGCAAAAUCAAUAGUCUCUCCCCCAAGGAUUUUGAUUGCAUCAUUACAGAAUUUGCAAAGUCUCAAGACCUGCCUUAUCAAUCACUGUCCAUAGACACUUUUUCUUAUAUGAAUGAUGAGUAUGUAGUCAUCGCUCAGCCUUUUACUGGAAAGUGCAUUUUCCUUGAAUGGGACCAUGUAGAAAAGACCUUCCGGAAUUAUGAUAACAUUACAGGCACGUCCACUGUAGUGUGCAAGCCUAUAGUCAUUGAAACUCAGCUCUAUGUUAUUGUGGCCCAGCUGUUUGGCGGCUCUCACAUCUAUAAGCGAGACAGUUUUGCAAAUAAAUUCAUAAAAAUCCAGGACAUUGAAAUUCUCAAAAUCCGAAAACCUAAUGAUAUUGAAACAUUCAAGAUUGAAAACAACUGGUACUUUGUUGUUGCUGACAGUUCAAAAGCUGGUUUUACUACCAUUUAUAAAUGGAAUGGAAAUGGAUUCUACUCCCAUCAAUCCUUACACGCGUGGUACAGGGAUACUGAUGUGGAAUACUUAGAAAUAGCCAGAACACCUCAGGCACUCAGAACGCCUCAUUUAAUCCUGUCCAGUAGUUCCCAGCGUCCUGUAAUUUAUCAGUGGAACAAAGCAAUACAAUUAUUCACUAACCAAACUGACAUCCCUAACAUGGAGGAUGUGUAUGCCGUUAAGCACUUCUCAGUGAAAGGUGACGUGUACAUUUGCUUGACAAGAUUCAUUGGUGAUUCUAAAGUAAUGAAAUGGGGAGGCUCCUCAUUUCAGGAUAUUCAAAGGAUGCCUUCGCGAGGAUCCAUGGUGUUCCAGCCUCUUCAGAUAAAUAACUAUCAAUAUGCAAUUCUCGGAAGUGAUUAUUCCUUUACUCAAGUGUAUAACUGGGAUGCAGAGAAAGCCAAAUUUGUGAAAUUUCAGGAAUUAAAUGUUCAGGCACCAAGAUCAUUCACACACGUGUCCAUUAAUAAGCGCAAUUUUCUUUUUGCUUCCAGUUUUAAGGGAAACACACAGAUUUACAAACAUGUCAUAGUUGACUUAAGCGCAUGACACACCAAAUUCUCUGGCUGCCAUCAGAAACUUUCUACAGUACAUGAUCCGGAUGAACUCAAUGCAUGAUGACUCUUCUUAUCACACUUGCAAAGGAAUGCCUUUCAAACAUUGAGACUGCUAGAACCAAGCACUACCAGUAUCUCCAUCCUUAACCGUCCAGUCCAGUGGUGUGGGAAGUUACCUUUUAUAAGACAAAAUUGAAUUGUGUAACUGUUCUUUGCAGUAAAGAUGUGUAAAUAAGUGUUUAAUGGUAUCUGUUACUCCAAAAAAGAAAUAUUAAUAUGUACUUUUCCAUUUAUUUAUUCAUGUGUUCAGAAACAACUGCCAAAUAAAAUGUUUACAUUUUCUUUCAUAUCCCAAAGGUAAUUAUUUACAGGAGUUAUUUUAUUCUUGGUGAUGAUAUGUUGAGGAAAUAGUUUUAUAUAAUAGGGUUGUAUUUGGAUCAAGAAUGUGUGGUGUGAAUAAUGAGUGAAGAUGAACACUGAUAUUGAUUACCCAUCACUUAUUAAUAGGUUGAUCAGCUGAUUUUGAACAUUCAAAGGGCAUGGCUUUUAGGAACACUUUGAGGUGAACUGGUGACAGAUUAAAAGAAGGGAAGAGAAAUUUGCCUAUUACAAAAAGGCUAAUUUAAAAUAAAGAACAGUUAAGCCCAUCCUUUCCUAUCUGAUAGCUCCAGCUGAAAACUUCAUUCAGACAACUUGUAGAAGAAGCUAAAGUCAAGAUUUUGGAUUUUAAAAACCCUAUUCAGGGACUUUCUAAAUGUCUGACUCUAGAAUUCUCUGAAAGCUGAUAGAAAUUGUAACCUUAAAGCACUUGCCUCAAAUGUAUCUGAGAUGAAGGCCUGUUCUCUGAUCAAGGAUGCUUCACUUCUAGAUAGCAGUUCUGACAUGUUACUGACAUGCUGCUGAGUGCCCAGUGGGCUCACAUCUGGUUUCCUAAAUCUCUGACCCUGGAUCACAUGGUAGUUAGCACUUAGCACAAUGCCUAUGAUGGAGCAGGCUCUCAAAAACUGCUUUUGAAGAUGCGUAUGUGUCCUCCUGUUACAAACUUAAUAAUAAACUUCAUGAGGUCCAUUAUCUAAUCAGUCCUAUUUAUUGAGUACCUGUUAAGAACGAGGUAUUGUUCCUCUGAUUUGGGGAGGAAAACUAAGGAAGAAUAGGGCAUGGUCCUUGACCUGUGGGGCCUUAGAAGUCUAAUAGGGGGGACUGGACACAAAAAAUGACAGUGUAAGCAGUGAGUGCCAAAUAUCACCUGAACAUUCCUACUUUAAGUAUCAUGGGAGUAUCAAAGAUGACUUCCUGGAAGAAGUGGUCCUUGUUUGAACUUAAAGGGAAGAUGUGAUUUCAAAAGGGGAUCAUGGUAGAGAAGAUAUUCUUGCCCGAUUUGGUUCUGUGUGCUGCCUUCAAGGAGGGGAUUAGAGCUUCCUCCAGCUCGUUGCUCCACAGACACUCUUGCCAAAUCACGACAGGGUGGGGGCAGGUGGGACAGACAGCAACCCAGCUAGCAGCACAUGUCUGGCGAACCUGAGGCAUCCAAGGUACACCCAAUAGCUUCAUGGUCUCUGGGAAGCAACACCUUGGGGAGCUAUGCAGAGGAACCAGAUUCCUUUACCACAUGGGGAAGGUAUUAACUCCUACAUCAGGAUUAUGGGGGACAAGAAGACUACUUGGCCACUCAUGGUCCUGCAUGUGGGGAGAACUGGCCUUUGAAUGUCUGACUUUCUUUGUUCCCUUUUCCUAUAAGUAGCAUAUAUGUGAUGGAGAACACCUGCUUGGUAGAGACUGCAUUUAAGUCCAGCCCUACCAUGUACUGGCUUUGUCCACAGGCAAAUUACAUAACCUCUCUGAGCCUCAGUCUCUUCAUCUGGAAAGGACAGUAGAAGGAUUAAAUGAGACAAUGCACCUUUGGUGGAUUGAAUUUUCCAAAUAUGGCCACAAUAUCUCCCACACUACGUGCUCUAUGAGAACCUGUCCUCACCCCAUCAAGAGAAAGCACUUAAUUUCUCAGCCUUCAAUCUGGACGGGCUUGUAAUCACAAUAGAAUGUGGUGGAAAUGAUGCAGUUUGACUUUUGAGGCUAAGUCAUAAACACGAUGAAGCUUCUGCCUUGUGAAACUGGGACAAUCACUUUUGGAGGCCUGAGCUGCUACACAGAAAGUCCUACCAGCCUGAGGCCACCACUCAGAGGAAGCCCAAACUUGGAUCAACAGCCUGAGCUGAGGUCCCAGCCAACAGCCACAUCAACCACCAGUCCUGUGUGUGAAGAUGCCUCCAGGUGACUCCAGCCCUCAGCAGUCAAGCCACCACCAGCCAUCAAUCUUCCCAACUGAGGCUCCGAACACUGUGGAGCAGAGACAAGCCAUCCCUAUAUGCCCUGUCCAAAUUCCUGACCCAUAGAACCUAUGAGCACAAUAAAAUGAUUGUCUUAAAA